AUGAUCACCGCAUAUGCCGCGAACGGGCAACUUGAUCUAGCGAGGAAAAUGUUUGCCGAUAUGGAAGAUCGAGAGAUUGCGAGAGGAGUUGUGACAUGGAAUACAAUGAUCCAAGCCUACAUUGAGGUUGGAAGAUUUGACGAAGCAAGGAAUCUUUUUCAUUCCAUGCCAGAUCGUAACGUAGUGUCGUGGACGUGCAUGAUUCCGGUAUAUGCCCAGCUUGGGGAAAUAGAAAAUUGUGAAGAUCUCUUUACAUCCAUGCCGGAACGCAACGUGGUGACGUGGACGGCUAUGAUACAGGCGUACACGCACAACGGAAACAUACGGAACGCGGCGAGAAUAUUCAACACGAUGCCGGAGUGGAAUCUGGUAUCAUGGAACUCCAUGCUUCAAGCAUAUGCCGAGGGAGGGCAUCUGGAGGAAUCGAAGAGGAUCUUUAGCGCUCUUCCCCAGCGUGACAUCGUCUCCUGGAAUCUCAUGAUCACGGCGCGCUCACACGAAUCGCCAGAGGCUGCCAAUGCGAUCUUCGUCGCAAUGCCGCUCAGGGAUCUCGUGUCCUGGAACUCGAUGCUCACGGCGUACGCCCAGUCGGGGCACCAUCUCUGCGAGGCGAAGAUCACAUUCGACGCCAUGCCCGGGAGGGAUUCCAUCUCCUGGAGCAGCAUUCUCUCCAGUGUUGCCGAGAAGGGGGAGAUCGAGGCCGCCAAGGUGCUGUUUGAUGCGGCGAGCGCGAGCGCAGGAGGGAUUGAUAGCAGCGCCCUCAUCGCGGCCUAUGGCGACCUCGGCUACCUCCGCCAGGCCUAUGCCCAACACGGGCAUCUUGCCGCCGCCAAGAAGAUCUACCACAACCUCCCGCGAUUCGACGCCGUCGCGGGCAACACGAUGAUCGCCGCAUUGCUGGAGCGCGGCGAGAUCGCCCAGGCGCGAGAGAUCUUCGAUGGAUUGCAAGAACGCAACGCCGGAUCCUGGAAUGCGCUGAUCACAGGCCUUGCGGAGAAUGGCGAGCUGGAACCCGCGCGAGUGCUGCUCGAAUUCUCAAUGCCAUGGCUGGAGCUCAAGCCCUGGACGGCUCUCAUCGCCGCGUACGCCCACCGCGGCCACUUCGAAGAGGCCCACGCCAUCUUCACGCACCGGCUGCCCGAGCACGACUCCAUCCUCGCCAGCCUCAUGGUGACGCUCUAUGCCCAACACGGGCAUAUCCCCCAGGCAAAGGCUUCGUUUGACGGCAUAUCCCACCGUACCACCGUGUCGUGGAACUCCCUCGUGGCGGCGUACGGAGAAAGCGGCCUGUUGCGCGACGCAAGCCGGGUCUUCGACAGAAUGCCCGAGAGGAAUAUUGUCCACUCGGGUCUUCUCGAGAGGGGGUGGCGGUACUUCCAGAUGAUGGGCGACUACGGGAUUGAUCCAAUCCGCGACCAUUACCACUGUAUGAUUGAUCUGCUGAGCAGGGCCGGGGAUCUGGAGAUGGCCAGGGAGCUCAUACGAACGAUGCCGUUUGAGUGUGAUGCCUUGGCGUGGAAGACACUCUUGGGCGGGUGUAAAGUCCAGGAUGACGCUGGAAGAGGGGAGGAUGCCGCGAGAUCCGCUUUAGGGGCCUGUCCCCAGGAAUCAUCCAACUAUGUGCUCCUGGCAGAUAUCUAUUCAUCUAAAAGUAGCUCCUGA